AUGAAGUACAUGAGUGGUACGAAAAAGAGCAAGUCAAAGGCGAAGUCGAAGAAGAUAGAGAAGCGCUUUUUUAUGCCCGAUGACGUCGAGACAGGGUUCCAAUCUGUGAGCGACAUGCUCAAGAAUCCUGAGGGUCCUUCCAAAAAGCGUCAAAAAGUGGAAGAGUCCGAAGAUGAGCUCAUCUCUGAUGAUAUUCUUGCCAAGUCUAAUGAAUCAAGUUUUCAAAAAGUCUCAUCUUCACCCGUCGUGGCUCCUCCUACCAUUGCAAAGAAACUGAAGCAACCGACUCUUGAGACAGUUCCUGGACUUCCUCCAAAGCAAGCCACCAAACUGCCAGGGACAACCUUGGGGGUCAAAAAAUGCCCUCCAAAUGUCAUAAACCAGUUGAAAGCUGCUCAAAGCCUGAAGCUGCCGGAGUCUCCAGCCACUGGCAAAGAGAACACUCCAGUUGAGGCCCAUGUAUCAGACGAUGAUUUUGACUUUGAUGAUGACGACGAUGAAAUUCUUGCACUUGCCGAACGCACCAGCUCCAUGAAUACGCAGCCGAAACCCUCUCAAGAGGUUUUAUACCCCAACGACUUCCAGAACCAAGAAGGCAUCCUCACAUCCGAACAAACCUGUGACCUUUACAUGUCGUACUACACUCCUGUGAAUGCUUCAGACCUCGACAACAUUUACGAUCCACAAGACUCCCCAGCUUGUGAUAGCAUACGGCACAGCACCACCACUACUAAUUUAUUGCAUUCUAAAGCAUUCAUGUCCAAGCUUUCGGACAAAGAAAGCAAGACACUCAUACAUACCUAUCAAUCUGCAUCAUCAGCAAAUCACGAACUUCCAGACUUCGUUGACUUUGACUGA